AUGCCAAGGUUGGGCAGGGACGAUAUGCAGGAAGCCGACGCCGAGCUACGCCAUGUGACUGCGCGCCGCUCGGUGGCGCUCGAGGGCCACAGCACCAUCCGCGGUAAGAUCAACCCGGCGUUGGGCCGUGACGCCGUGACGCCCAGCGGGCCUCCAGGCUUUGAUGCCGUGACGCUUGGCCGCGCGGACCCGGGUGAGGCGCCGCGCCGCGGGGCCUGCAUGCGCCUCGCCGGCUGGGUCCUCCUGACCUGCGCCUCGGGCGGACGAGGCGCCGACAAUGGCCUCGGCAUCACCCCGCCAAUGGGCUGGCGCUCGUGGAACUCUUACGGCAGGAGGGUGAACCAGAGCCUCAUGGAGGGAAUCAUGGACGGCAUGGUGAGACGCAAGUGGAAGGUGGACGGAGUUCCGACCUCCCUGUGUGACUUGGAGGGGGGUACUGCGACGUGGGUCUGGACGACAGCUGGCAGAAGUGCAGCAAGGGAACGUACAACUACCACGACGACGACGGGAGGCCUGUGGUCAACUUGA